GCAGAGAUGAAGGUCAUUCUGUACCUCGCGGCGGGGGCCGCGGCCUUCUCCUUCGGCGCGAAGAAGGGGGCCAAGUCCGCGCCGAAGCCGUCGGCCGGCCGUCAGGUGGCCAAGGGCGGCCAGACGGCGUCGACCAUCGUCGUGCCCGACACGCUCAAGCCCUUCGCGGGCUUCGGCAACCCCACCAUCGUCGCGCAGCGCGCGGCGGAGCGCGAGGCGAAGAAGGAGGAGACGCUGUCGAAGCUCAUCCCGACGUCCGCGGCGCAGUGUCAGGAGCGUCAGGGUGUUCGCGUAACGUCUCGAUUCGACGCAGGCCGGGCCGCUUCCUCUUCGCGUUCGGCCGGCCGGACGUGCUUGCGGCGCGCCGCGCGGAGCGCUGCGCCAAGUGGGAGUGGAGCGAGGAGUUCCUGAACAAGGCGCGCCCCGACAAGUUCGGCGUCGGCAACUACGGCGCCGGCGACCUCUACGACGACGGCCUGACGCGCCUCGAGCGCAACCAGAUGGUCUCGGGCCGCGAGGGCUUCCUCACGGGCGCCGCGAAGCUGCGCUACCGGCGCAUCACGGGCCAGAUCGAGGACGCCGACGCCUCGGGCCUCUCCGCGGAGAUGCAGAACUCGGCGGGCAAGGGCAACUCCUACAUCGACGUGGAGUACCGCUAG